AUGGAAUCCCUCCAAACCGAACCAGAAGCGAUCCGAGUUCUUAAAAAAAGAAAACACGAACUGACAACGGAUCUGACGAGAGCCCGAGGACCCUGGCGGGCACAUGGGUCGUUUGACCUGAAGUUCUGGAGCCAAGCAGUGCAAAUUGAAAAGAUCAACCUUGAAAGGUCAGACGUUGAUCGAAAAAUUUCUCUUGGAAGUUUUAAAGGUCUGAAGGACGAAUGGGAGAAGACAGACGAGGCCAAAAGCAUAUUCGAAAAGAUUCGGGCCCAAGAGCAGACCAGGAAAAUCUGUGAAGAUAGGGUUACUCAGCUGAAGAACCUCCCACCUCGUAGGGGUCUGAGGGCAUCGUUUAUGAAACUCUUCACCACCUCCACCAUGGGAAUGGCCAUCAAGGGUACAGGCGCAGGAGGUCGAGACACAAGGCAGCAGGCCAAUUUCCGAAGCACUAUGAUCGAAGUAUACGGGGCCAAACAUCCAACUAAACCGUGGCUGUGGGAUCCUAUCAUUGGGGAUUAUCUGGAGAAGGAGGUUAUCCAAGCAUCUCAUCUGUUUCCCGAUAUGAACGGCCAAGAUACAAUGGACGCAAUCUUUGGGAAAAAGAGGCCAGCAGAACUUUUCUCCCCUCGGAACGGCCUCCUUCUACAUAGAAGGCUGGAGAGCUAUUUUGAUGCUGGAAAAUUUGUUAUAGUUCCUGAUAUCCCGAAUUAUGAUAACGCCAUGGUAUCUGCGGUUAAGUACUGGCUCGAAGGUGAGCCCCGGGAGUACCGUGUUCGGCUGAUCGACCCAGACUGGGAGAAACUUGACGAGCCUGUCUCUAGAUUUUCGGAUCUGACAUUCAGACAGCUAGACGGCCGUCUACUGAAGUUCCGUUCAGGCUUCCGACCAGCAGCUAGAUAUCUGUACUUUCAUUACUGUGUGCAGAUACUACGGAUGUGCUGGCAACAUAGCAGCCGCAGCAAGUCAAGCCAAGCCACUGCAAUUCUACAAGCAGAAAAAGGGAAGCCAUUCUGGGGGACUGCGGGAAGAUAUCUCCCGCGCAAUAUGCUCUUGGCCCUCGUGGAGGAGAUGGGCCAUGAAUAUGCAUUCGUUAUGGAUGGGGCUGCGAGAAGUCGGGAUGACGAUAAACUUCUACUAGGCGUGCUUUCAAAAAGCGUCGAGGCCCGGCCAUCUAUUUUGAACCCGGGGGUUUUCGAUGGUGUUUGGUCGGGGGAAGACGUGUCUGAGAUUGACGACAAUGACGGCGAUGGCGACGAGGAUGAGUAG